ACCCCUAUAAUUGGUCUUAUUAAAUGACCCAUGAAUCAGGCAGCAUCCCAUCUAGCAAGUAGAGGGGAGUUCCUCAAGUUUCAAUUGAUAUUAAUAGGCAUACUUAUGUCAGAAGAUAAGACCUAAUAACCAAAAUCACGAAAAUAAACCUAAAAUAGAAACAAAUGCAUAAGGAGAUACAGAUUGAAGGACUUUAAAAUAACUGAUUAAUAGUUUGAAGAAAUAAGGUGAAAUGCAGAGAAUUUUACAUUUCUUUUGGGAAUCUAGCUUUUAAAAUUCAAAUGGAAAUUCUGAAACAGAAAAAUAAAAUAAUAAAAUUAAAUACUCAAUUGAUGGGGCUAAUAGAAGAUGAGACACAGAAAAUGGAGCUAGAAUAAAUCAGAAGAAAAUAUCAGAUUGAAGAACAGAGGAGGGAAGAAAGGAUAAAAAUUACACAAAAUCACACAGAAGACACAGGGGAAAGUCCUAACAUGCCCAGAAUUGGUGUCCUAGAAAGAGAGAAGAGAAAGAAUUAGAUAGAACCAAUAUUUAAAGAGGUAAUAAGAUAAAUAAUUAUACAAACCCCCAAUAUAAUAGUAUCUAAAUGAGUGAGCAAUCACAAACAAAGGUUUUAGACCACAUGAAAAAAAGUACAUGACACUAAAUGUUAAGAAACACACUUGAAAUGCAACACACAAAAAAAACUAAAAUAGAUGAAUGAAAAAAAUUUUAAGGCCAAUAUAACUAUCUAUAUUUUAUAUAUUUAUCAGGCAAAUUAGACUAUAAGGCAAGACACUUUAUUGGCAAUAAACACAGGAAAUUUUAUUAUGAUAAAAGAGUUAAUAUUUCCAAAAUGUUAUAGUUGUAUAUUUGUUACACUUAAUAAUGAGUUUCAACAUAUGUAAAGCAAAAUAAUGAUGCAACUAAAAGGAAAAUGGACAAAUCCAUUAUCAUAGGGAGAUUUUUAACAGAUGUCUCUUAGUAACUGAUACACCAAACAGACAAAAAUUCAACAUGGAUACAGUAGAUUUGAACAAUGCAAUAAAUAAACUUGACCUUAUUUACAUACCUUAUACUCAGCAAAUGCAAAAUUCAUAUCAAAUGCCAAGCCAGUUAACCAAAUGAUGAAUCUAAAAGAAACCUUAAAAAAUAUCAAAAAGUAAAAUUAUACAGAGCACAUUUUCUGACAACAGUGAAGUUAGGAUAGAAAUCAAUAAUGAAACAAGAUAAUAUUAAAAAUUUUAUAUUUGAAAAAUACUCAAUAAACUUUUAAGUAAUUCAAACACUAAGAGAAUGAAUACAAAUGAAAAUUAGGAGAUAUUUUUCUUUGAAUUAUAGUGAAAGUUCAAUGUAUCAGAACUUUUAGAAUACAGCUAUAGACAUACUUAAAUGCUUUUACUAGGAGUAAAAAGCUGAAAAUAACCUCUUUUCCUUUGGCUUGCCACUGGGCCCAUGGGCCCAGUGGUAUUGCCAUGGGCCACCACCCACCCCGGUGUUACUGGUAUUGUAAGAACAAGCAGCGUCCAAAGUCUUGUUUCUGCAGAGGUGUCCCUGAUGCCAAGGUCCGCAUCUUUGACCUUGGGCAGAAGAAGGCAGAACUGGAGCAGUUCCCACUGUGUGGCCACACAGUGCCAAAGGAAUAUGAGCAGCUCUCCUCUGAAGCCCUGGAGGCUGUCCGUAUGUGUGCUAACAAGUACAUGGUGAAAAGCUGUGGCAAAGAUGGUUUUUGCAUCCAAAUGCGGUUCCAUCCCUUCCACUUCAUCCUUAUCAACAAGAUGUUGUCCUGUGCUGGAGCUGACAGGCUCCAGACAGGUGUGUGGGGUGCCUUUGGAAAGCCCCAGGGCACAGUGGCCAGGGUCCACAUUGGCCAAGUCAUCAUGUCCACCAGUACCAAGGUACAGAACAAGGAGCAUAUGAUUGAGACGCUAUGCAGGGCCAAGUUCAAGUUCCUUGGCUGCCAGAAGAUUCACAUUUCCAAGAAGUGGGGCUUUACUAAGUUUAACGUGAAUGAAUUUGAAGACAUGAUGGCUGAAAAGUAGCUUAUCCCAGAUGGCUAUGGCUUUGGUCAAAUACAUCCCUAAUUGUGGCCCCUUGGACAAAUGGUAGGCUCUGCACUCAUGAGAACCUUGACACUGCCUGCUCCUUAUUCACGCCCACAAUAAACCCUGCUUCCUGUCAAAGAAAGAAAAAAGCUGAAAAUAAAUCAUCCAAGUAUCCAUUUCCACUAGUUAAAAAAAAAUUAGGCUGAGGCAACAGGCACAUGAAAAGAUGCUCAACGUCACACC